AUGAGCUUUCUUCUUUUCUUCUUUUCCUCCCGAAACGCUAGGCGGUGUUGCUGUCACAGGUCGACCAACAAACUCUGUUCCUCUUCUUCACACCUCGGUUGUGUUAAGAAAUUUAAUUUUUUGUUCACGUCUUUUUUAUUUCUGAUAUUACUUUGUUUACAACUUUCUUUCUUUCUUUCUUUCUUUCUUUCUUUCUUUCCUUCUUUCUUUAUUUUUAAUUCUUUUCCCGUUUGCUUUCUUCUUCCUAUUUAUCCCCUUUUUCCCUUUUUCUUUCUUCAUCUUCUUUCUUUCUUUCAUUCUUUCUUACUCUUUCGUCGUCUGGUUUCUUCUUCAUAUUUCUCUCUUUGUCCUCAUUUUUGUUCUUUCUUUAUAUUUUUCUUUUCUUCUUUCUUUCUUUCUUUCUUUCUUUCAUUCUUUUUCUUUUCUCAUUUUCUUUCUUCUUCCUAUUUCUGUAUUUCCUCUUUUUUUCCUUCAUCUUUUUUCUUUCUUUCGUUUUGUCUAAUUUUUCUCGUUUGCUCUUUUUUCUUCAUAUUUCUCUCAUUCUUCUUUCCUCCAUUUUCUUUCUUUAUUUCUUUUUUAUCAUUUUUCCUUUCUUUCUUUCUUUACUUAUUUCUUUUUCAUCUUUUUCCUCUCUUUCUUUCAUUCUUUCUCCUCUUUCUUUCUUUUUUCUUUCUUUCUUUCGCACUUCUAUUUCUUCUUCAUUAUUCACGCCUACGGCUUUGCUCUCAUCUUUCUUUUCCUUUUUUCACAUUCAUUUCGCCUUCCUUCCUUCUUCCUUUCUUCCUUCCUUCCUUCCUUCCUUCUUAUCUAAUUAAUUCAUCUACACAUAUAUUCAUAUGCACAUAG